AUGGAUUCCGAUAAAAUAAGUAUUGAGGCGGCUAUAACCAGAGCCGGGUUUGGGUUCUACGGCUGUUUGAUGACAGCUCUAACCGCCCUUAUAUUGAUCGCAUUUGCUUGUAUCGCCUAUGGUGUCAUGUUUAUUGUGCCCACGAGUGCCUGUGAGCUCCAGACUACUACUGCGCAGCAAGGACUAUUAGCUUCUGCACCAAUAAUAAGUCUUUUACUUGGCGGAGUGGUAUGGAGUUACUUGGCAGAUACUCGAGGCCGGCGCGCCACGCUACUGAUAUGUCUCGCGGGUGGUACAUUAUUUAACCUGAUCGGCACUAUAUCCGUCAAUUGGAUUAUGCUGAUGGUCAUUCAACUUAUGGCUGGAAUAUUUGCAGCUGGAAUCUACUCCGUGUCUAUGACAUUACUCAGUGAGUCUAUCCCGAUGACUCAUAGGAACUCCGCCAUUCUAAUAGUGGUCAGUGUCAUGUUGCUUGGACAAGGCAUCAAAGGAU